AUGGAGCCCAUCGCUGGUCAUCGACGGCGCAAGAGCAGCUUGAUGAGCCCCAUCGGCGGCCUGCCUGCGUCCCCAAUUGGGCGCCCCAGAUCUCAGAGUCUCCGUACUUUCCACCCCAGCCGCCAUCCCUCCGUUGCUGCUGGCACUGGUCCAGGCUUUAACGAAGAGCCAAAGAUUUCCGAAGAAGCGUCGCCAAUUGGGUUUUCCAGGUCGCCAAACGAGGAACGGUUCACCGAUGGCUAUAGCGACGAAGACGACGACACUCUACGAGAUGACGAGGAGACUGGUUUGUCCAAGAAGGAGAAGAAACGCAGGCAGAAGAGAAAAAGGAGGAACACGCAACUCGACCAGCGCGUGGUCAGAGACAAGCCCCUUUCGCGGGAUGAACAAAAGGAGGUGGACAGGAGUCUUAUCAAGCGGAUCGCAAUUAACAUUGCCUUGAUCCUCUUGUGGUAUAUCUUCUCGCUUUCUCUUUCAUUAUACAACAAAUGGAUGUUUGACAAGAACAAACUCAACUUCUCCUUUCCUCUGUUCACAACCUCCAUGCACAUGCUAGUUCAGUUCGCCCUGGCUGCGCUGGUUCUCUACUUCAUACCCGGCUUCCGACCACAGGCAUCCCGGAACUCGGAUCUGGGUAGAUCAAGACACGAGUCGGAGCCAACAAAUGCUCCUCUGAUGACCAAGAUGUUCUACUUCACAAGAGUUGGUCCCUGUGGAGCCGCCACUGGCCUCGACAUUGGCCUGGGAAACAUGUCACUGAAAUUCAUCAGUCUUACCUUUUACAUUUUGAUGGUGUUUGGCGAGGUUGAAUUCAAACUUGGUGGAUUCGCUCUCGUCAUUUCAGCCGCAUUCUUCUCUGGCUUUCGCUGGAGCUUGACUCAAAUUCUCCUCCUCCGUCAUCCCGCCACCUCAAAUCCCUUCUCGAGCAUCUUCUUUAUCAGUCCAAUCAUGUUUGUGAUCCUAUUUGGAUUGGCUAUUCCGGUUGAGGGAUUCGGUCCGCUCUGGGAGGGAUAUGGAGUCCUCACUGCUGCAUACGGCGCAUUCCUUGCACCUCUCUUCUUGUUGUUCCCGGGUUGUAUCGCGUUCCUUAUGACCGCCUCCGAGUUCGCUUUGCUCCAGCGCACCUCAGUAGUCACCCUCUCCAUUGCUGGAAUUUUCAAGGAGGUCGUCACUAUCUCGGCUGCUUCUCUUGUGUUCCACGACAAGUUGACCCCUAUCAAUGCGAUUGGACUUGUCGUCACAUUAAUCGCGAUUAUUGCCUACAACUAUAUCAAAAUUUCCAAGAUGCGGCAAGAGGCACAGGAGCAGUCCGAACCACGCUACCAACAAGCUUCUUCAAUGCCAUCCAGCGAUACCGAUAGUGAUGCCGACGAUGACUCGUAUGAAGAAACGGCAGGCCUACUACCUCCGACCAUUGAUAGGAAUAGCCCAAUGGUCACCUCGGAUGGUGAUUUUCAGCCGAGUGUGAUACCCCAAACAGGACCAGAGCCAAAGUCGCAACAGGCCCCUCUCCAUCACGAAUAA